AUGAGUCUACCGUUCAGCACACCAGAUUUGGAAGACGGAUUUGCACCAUUAACCCCUUUUAGGAACCGAAUUUUUGAUCAACCUUCAGGAUCAUCUUCAACUUUCAAUUGGAAUACGGAAACUACAUUGCCACCACCGAAGGAUAAAGGAAAGGGAAAAGCAAGUGAAAUACAAGAUAUAACGGAGGAGGACUCAGAUUCAGGCGACAUUACACCUCAAAAACAAAACUUACCUCCCUUGUCUGGAUAUGGGCUUCACAACACCCAGAAUGCAGAUGAGCCAGUGUAUAAUCGACAACAACAACAACAACCAGCAAAUCAACAACCAAUCCCUCAAGUCGCACCAAGGAUUAUCAAUGAACCCGGACUGUUUUACGAUGGCGAGAACUUUGGAACAUUCCUGAAGCGGUUUGAACAAGCAGCUAGAGCAUUCAAUGCAACAGACUACGACAAGGCGUUACAAAUUGGGCGAUUCAUGAAAACCGAGGAGCUCAAGAUCCAACUAGAAGCCAUGGACGGGUUUGAGAAAUGCGAAUGGGUGAAAUUACGAAAGGAAAUGGUCGAAACCUGGGGAGAAUUGGAUAAUACAAUCUUGUACACAACCAACGACCUAGUGGAUAUCACCAAAGAAUACGGCGUAAAUGGCGGAAUCAAGGAUCAUCGGGAAUUCAAAUUGUACUUAGGAAAAUUCACCACCAUCCUUAAAUACUUAGUGACCAACAAGCAAAUUCAUCAGAAGUCAGAUGCAUCAAUACUCUUCUUGAGUGCAUUCUCGCGGGAAAGUCAAAUGAAUAUCAAACGUACUUUAAUUAGUUAUGAACUACUUCCAAAGGGACCGGAUGGAAGCAACUUACCACCACGCUGGGAAGACUUGGUUGAAGCAUCAAGGUUGGAAGUACGGAUCGUGGAACCCGGAUAUUUUAACAUCUCAGGAUUUGGCGAAUCUAAUCAAUUAAUGCAGAAUAAACUGAACGCACAGAAAGGAAACAGUCAACGAAGAGAUCAAAUGAUUGCGGAAGCACCUACAGGCAAAGCCAUGGAUAAACAGGUAGACGAGAUGGCUCGAGAAAUUGCUUCACUCAAGUCUCAAUUGAAGAGCAUAAUUCCAGUAUCGUACAAUCAAUCCGGAUCUAACGAAAAAUCAGAAUUCUCGCGGGGAAAUGCUAAACCCUCGACGCCGCUAUACAAAACUCAAGCCUGCUAUUACUGCAAGAGGGAAGGGCUGACAACUUACCGAUGCCCAGAGCUAGCACAAGAUGAGGAUCUAGGAUUAGUCAAGCGUACUGGCAGGGACUGGUAUCUACCUGACGGCCAACACAUACCCUGGAAUCCAUCAAGACCCAUUAGGACAGUAGUGGCAACAGCAUCAGCAGACCCCAAAAUGCAGGAGGCAGCAAAGAAAUUAGCAGAAUCCCGUAGAACAGGCAAAACUCAAACCCCUACUACAAUAAAGACUUCAGCUCAAACUAUUGAUUGGGACCCACCACAACUGGGAGCAGAUAAUUUUCUAGUAAAUCACACAAUUACUCGAUCUGAGGCCCAACGAGGAAGACGCAGUGUUUGGAUUCAAGAACCGGAAAGGGACGCAAUGGACGUGGAUCAAGAAGACGAGAUUUCCGAAAUUGCGGAGGAAACACCUAAAACACCUGUGGUAGAGAAAGUAUGGAGCAAAGAAAAGCCAGUUAAUAAGGUCAAGGCCGCAACACCAGAAGAAGCUCUGUUGCAGGAGUUAGAUCAUUUGAAAAUUCCAACAACCUUUGCACAACUCACGGCUAUUUCACCAACCUACACGGAGCAAAUAAUUGCAAAACUUCAGAACCGACUCCCAGGAAAGAGUAGUGCGACAUAUAUUACUACGGAAACCGCAAAAGUCUCGGCAGCUAUGACGGGGGUUGAUAACCGCACGCCAACCCCCAUGGCGCACGCCAAUCCGCACGCCAGGCGCAGAUUGGCGUGCGGGCCUGCACGCCAAUCUGCUGCAGGGGAGUUGGCCUGCAGUUGGCGUGCAGGCCUGCACGCCCAACAUUAG